AUGCCCUACAUCUUCCAAUCGCCUUCGUCUCGCCCCUCGCGAGCUUUGUCUGCAGGAGGAAUAUCAGAUGCUAUGUCGUCGAUGAGGACCUAUCUUCCGAAGAAGAAACAAGGGCCGUCGAUUGAUCUCGAAAGCCUGCGAGAGCAGAAUUCGACCAUCCCCGUAUCCAGCAUUCCCGUUGAACUGCUGCGCAAAAUAUUCGACGUUUAUGUCUACGAGCCAUACCCAGCAAAUAUGGGCUUUCGUUCCAUGGAUCCCGACUCAGGUGGAGACCCGUUACUCCUCGGCCAAGUUUGUUCCUACUGGAGAAACGUCGCGGUCAAUUCUUCAAGCCUGUGGUCGACCAUUGUGAUUUCACAGCCCAUAGAUCGCCAUACUCGUCUUGUAAACCUCUGGCUCGACAGGGCUGCUGAGCACCCACUGGACAUAACCUUCAACCAACCAGACAAUAUCACAUCGGCGUGGACUAUAUUGAACGCCUUCGUGUCACGCUCCAGGUUUUGGAGGCGGAUCGAUUUGACAGUUCCACUCCAACUCCUCGCACAUUUCGCAAGCCUCCUCCAAUCGCCUCGACGGUGCGACAUGCUAGAGCAUGUGGACUUCUUCACUCGCAGCCCCAUCUCGGGGCAGCUGUUCGACUACGACCUCGCACAUCCUGCAUGGAGGACUAAUCUUUUACGCCAGAUAUGGUCCUUCUUCUACACCUCCUCAUCCCUCUGUUCUGUGUAUUGGGUCUAUGAGUUUGAGAGCUGCGCUCAUGAAUAUGCACCAUUGACCCAGAUGACAUCAAUCCACUUGAACACUUCAGCUCAGCUUGACGCAGAAGACACCGUCGGGUUUAUGCGACUCUUCCCGAACCUGAAAUCCCUGACCACGACCAUCUCCUCUUCAACCUCCUUUCCUAUCCCUAAGCCGUGCAUUCCCACUUCCGCAAUCACAUUCACCAAACUCGAGACCCUGCAUCUGACUGUUUGUUCCCCCAUACCAACCAUAUUCUCCAAGGUCACUCUCCCCUCUCUGCGCUGUCUUCACUUAGUAUCUGUGGCUUGUCAAGAACCCUUGUUCCCAGAUUCUACCAUUUUCAACGACUUCCUUCAACGAUCAAAUUGCCGGCUGACCACAUUGAAUUACGCCGACCCACACGUUGCGGAACCAUGUUUGCAGGAACUACUCGCCACCCCCUCUCUUCAGUUCCUGGCAUAUUUCAACUACGAUGGGAGGGUAACUGACUUCACCAUUCUGUCCCUUAUGAAGCGAAGCCAAAGCGGCUGUCAUGCACUGGUCCCACGAGUUGAAGAGCUGUACUUCAUGAACUGUGAUACGACGGAUAUUGCAAUUUCGGAUAUGGUCGCAUCACGUACCCCAGCAUUGAAGACCUUCCAAUUCUAUUCCGAGAGGGAGGGACGCUUGAUUGGCCCCACGCAUUGGUACUACUAA